CUUUAUUGCCUCUACGGCUCUACCGUUACACUAUAGCAUAUGGCCACAGCUUUUUCCGUCCGGCCCAAUCUCACCGUCGCCGGCUCCGACCUGACCCGGUCAACCUAUUUACGCCGGACCGGUCAGGACCCAGCGAUUAAGGUAUUCAAUUCGGGCGGCCGAUUUCAAUGGGGUGCGCUUUUCACCCGCCGCCCGCUGGCUCCGCCGCUGCAAGCCGGCUCCAGAGCCGACGACUCUGCGCCGUUCGAGAUGACGGUGGAGAAUGCUCUCAAGGUAUUGGGCGUAUCUGAAGGCGCAUCGUUCGAUGAUAUUCUCCGAGCGAAGAAUUCAAUUAUCGCGUCGUGUAAAGAUGACGAUCGUGCAAUUUCUGAGGUGGAGGCUGCAUAUGACAUGCUGCUAAUGCAGAGCCUAUCGCUGCGGAGAGCUGGCAGAGUCGUAAAUAGUAACAUCCGUUAUGCAGAUGUGAAUCCCGUAAAUGCCCCUGCCCCGACAACAGGGCCGCCUAUGCCUGAAUGGCUUCAGACUUCGGUCAAAAACUCGUCCGUUUCAGUGGAAGCACCGUCAACUAGCGAGUUAGGCGUGCAAGCUGGAGUAUAUGGAGCUCUAAUGGUCUUAACAUACGUAAACGGAGCUUCGCAGUCUUCCACGGUACCAUACUCGGGUGCUGAUGUUCCCGGUCUUAUUUUAGCCACCAGCUUCGGUGCUUCCUUGUACUUUUUGACCAAGAAAAACGUCAAAUUAGGGAAGGCAAGUGUUAUAACUAUUGGAGGGCUUGUAGCCGGUGCGGUGGUGGGGUCCGCUGUAGAGAAUUGGCUGCAGGUCGAUAUAGUCCCGUUUAUGGGAAUACACAGUCCAGCUUCAGUUGUUAGCGAAUUCAUACUCGUCUCGCAAUUCUUGAUCUCCUUGUACUUGAGAUAGAAGGUGAUCAACUUUUAUUCAUCCCAAAAAAGGUUUAGCAAAAAUCCCUUAUCUAGAAUGUGUAAUGAAUGUGUACAUUGUACAAAUGGAAUGGUUUUCAGAAACCUAUGUCAGUAUAUUUGUUCCUUUGAU